UAUGGCGGAAUCUGUCAGAAAAUGAUUAUUUCGCCAGUAGACUUCCCUAGUGGUAAAGUCAACAUAUUUAUUCUGCAUCUUUCUCCGUACAGGGCCGCCUCUUGGAGCUUCUAGUGUUUUUUUUUUUAAAGGCUGGUACAAGUGAGCGGGUGUCUCUGAUUGGAUUACCUGAACAGUAGGCUGUAAGGUGGAGGACUGUUUCCUGUUGCUGACCAGUGAAGACACUUGUGGGUGGUUGUGUUUCCUGUUGCUGAUCAGUGAAGACACUUGUGGGUGGUUGUGUUUCCUGUUGCUGACCAGUGAAGACACUUGUGGGUGGUUGUGUUUCCUGUUGCUGACCAGUGAAGACACUUGUGGGUGGUUGUGUUUCCUGUUGCUGAUCAGUGAAGAGACCUGUGGGUGAUUGUGUUUCCUGCUGAGGAGUACUGUGGCCCUGAUCUUGGUACACAUCAGACCAGCCCCCUUCCCUACACACACACUAACCCCCCCGACCCACCCACACACACUCCACCUAUCCCGUCGUCCUCCUCUCCAGGCCGUAUAUUUUACAACUUCACUGUGGAUUCUCCAAGGACCAUCCUGUUAACAAUGACAUCACACAGUCACCAAGAAGGACUCCUGGGCAAGGAGCAGCAGCUGGAUGUCCUGAAGACGUCUGCCCUCAACCACAUCCCCACAGUGGACAUUAACUCUGCCCUGCCCCUGCGUCUGCCCCCGGCUGCCAUCCCCAUGGACCUACGCGUUGACCAGCACCAUCACCAGCAGCAGCUGUCCAUGUCUCCUUCUGCAGCCCAGGCGUCUGCAGCCCAGGCGUCUGCAGCCCAGGCCAGAGAGCAGCAGCUGCAGCAGGAGCUCCUGUCCCUGAAACAGAAACAACAGAUUCAGAGACAGCACCUCAUCGCUGAGUUCCAGAGGCAACAUGAGCAGCUCAACCGCCAGCAUGAAGCCCAGCUACAAGAACAUGUUAAGCACCAGCAGGAGCUCCUGGCCCUGAAACAUCAGCAGGAGCUGUUGGAGCACCAGAGGAAGAUGGAGAAGCACCGUCUGGAGCAGGAACUGGAGAAACACCAGAGAGAACAGAAACUACUGCUGCUGAAGAACAAGGAGAGAGGACAGGAGAGUGCAGUGGCCAGUACGGAGGUGAAGAUGCGACUGCAGGAGUUUGUGCUGAACAAGAAGAAGGCUCUGGCCCAGAGGAGUCUCAACCACGGGGGGUUGCCCAACGACCCCCGCUACUGGUACGGGAAAACUCAGCACACUUCCCUGGACCAGAGCUCUCCUCCUCAGACUGGUAAUGAUGGGCAAGCCCAGUGAGCCCACGGGGACCCGGCAGCACCAGAGUCACCCGGAGGAGACCGAGGAAGAGCUGAGGGAGCACCAGGCCCUCUCUCCGCAGGACGGCGGCUUUCCGUGUGGGUUCGCCAUCAAACAAGAGCCCCCAGACCCCCAAGAGAACCAGGAGGAGGACAUGCAGCAGGAACUGCUGUUCAGACAGCAGGCCAUAUUGUUGGAGCAGCAGAGAAUCCACCAGCUGAGAAACUAUCAGGCUUCCAUGGAGGCAGCCGGUCUGUCAAUCACCUUCCCAGGUCACCGCCCCCUCUCCAGGGCCCAAUCGUCUCCGGCCUCCGCUUCCUCCUUCCCCAUCUCGGUCCCGCCUCCUGAGCCUCCCACCAAACCUCGCUUCACCACAGGGUUGGUGUAUGACUCUCUGAUGCAAAAGCACCAGUGUAUGUGCGGGAACACACACACCCAUCCGGAGCACGCCGGGCGCGUCCAGAGCAUCUGGUCCAGACUGCAGGAGACUGGACUUAGGGGACAGUGUGAGUGUAUCCGUGGUAGGAAGGCCACUCUGGAGGAGCUCCAGACAGUCCACUCUGAAGCCCACGUCCUGCUGUAUGGAACCAACCCCCUCCGACAGAAACUAGACUGUUCAGUCACGCCCAUGUUGGUCAGAUUACCAUGUGGAGGAGUGGGGGUGGACAGUGACACCAUCUGGAACGAGGUCCAUUCCUCUACUGCAGUUCGUCUGGCUGUGGGUUCUGUGGUAGAGCUGGUGUUCAAAGUGGCCACUGGUGAACUGAAGAACGGCUUUGCUGUGGUUCGACCCCCUGGACACCAUGCAGAAGAGAGCACUCCCAUGGGCUUCUGCUACUUUAACUCAGUAGCCAUCGCAGCCCGGCUGCUCCAACAGAGACUCAACGUCUGCAAGAUCCUCAUAGUAGACUGGGAUGUUCACCAUGGCAACGGGACCCAGCAGGCAUUUUACGACGACCCCAACGUGCUGUACCUGUCUCUCCAUCGAUACGACGAUGGAAACUUCUUCCCUGGCAGCGGAGCACCCGACGAGGUGGGCAGUGGUCCAGGAGUAGGUUUUAACGUUAACAUGGCCUUCACCGGGGGGCUGGAUCCACCUAUGGGAGAUGCAGAGUACCUGGCAGCCUUCAGGUCUGUGGUGAUGCCCAUAGCUAAUGAAUUUUCUCCUGACGUGGUGCUGGUGUCCUCAGGCUUCGAUGCUGUCGAGGGUCACCCUCCUCCCCUAGGCGGUUACACCCUCACCUCCAAAUGUUUUGGGUACCUGACACGUCAGCUGAUGACCCUGGCGGAGGGUCGCGUGGUGCUGGCAUUGGAGGGAGGUCACGACCUCAUGGCCAUUUGUGACGCCUCCGAGGCCUGCGUCUCCGCUCUGCUGGGCAACCAGCUUGAUCCUCUCCCUCAGACGCUUCUGGAGCAGAGACCCAACCAGAAUGCUGUGUGCUCCAUAGAGAAGGUUAUAGAAACACACAGUAAGUACUGGCGCUCCAUGCAGCGUGACUCCCCCAGGCUGGGCCUGUCUGUGCUGGAGGCUCAGAGAGGAGACUCGGAUGAGGCUGAGACCGUUAGCGCCAUGGCCUCUCUCUCUGUGGCCAACAAACAGAGCAGGUCGGAGGAGGAACCCAUGGAGGAGGAAGCACCAUUAUAGCGGGGGAAGCAUAAGGGCGUCGCACCGUGACUGUCGGCCUCUGCAGCUCGGAAGACUACCUUCUGGAGAGUCUCGACUGUCCCUUUCAUUUAGUCCCUCCGCGCCGUGCCUAUCACCUUGAUUGGCAGCUCCUCUGCCAAUGAGAGAGAGGGAUGGGCUUCAGAGUAGGGAGUCAAUGGGGAUAUGAUAUGAAGGAUGGAAGUGACAAAGCGCUGCAGCCAGGCAGCUCAGCGUGGUCCGCUCACCGUGACUCUAAAGAGACGUUUGUUCCUGCCAGUCAGAUUGAGGCAGCCCCAGAAGACACCCCAGCACCGAGGCAGGGCGUGGGUUCUCUGAGUGGAGGCGGAUAAUGGAAGUCUUACUCCUGAAGGGAAAGAUCUGGUGCUUUACAGAGCUCCCCCGUGGCCAAAUAUGGAGACAGAGGACAGGACAAGUCCGGUUGUCACACACAGCGUGGACAUUUAUUUUCUCUCCUGCUUUUGUCCCCCUAAAUGGAGGACAUGCUACUGAUGGAGAUGGUGGUUACUGAUGAGAGAUGACGGACAACAAAGCCCCUAGGAGAAUUGUCGGGCUGUCAUUGGCUGAGGACAGUAGACUUGACUGUGGUUGGCCGUUGAGCAAGCGGCCUUUGCCGUUAUUGGAUGAUGAGGCUAUUGGAUCUUUGCCUUAUUGAUGCAGCUGGUAGUUCUGUGAUGGUCCACCAAUGAGAGAGUGCCUUUGUGAAGCUCUGAUGGAUUUCAGGAUUGUGUCAGAAAUGAAGAUUGCCUUAAAUGAUGAUCCUGACCAGGGGAGAGAGAGAAAUACAUUUUCCUGUUUGACAGAGGACGGGAUGGUGGAAAAAAGGAUCUUUCAGCAUGUUUACCAGGAUUGUGAUGUAGACAGUGUUUGUCUCUCACAGCCUCUUUUACAGGUCAUUAUACCUUUGGAUUGAUAUAUUUUUCUGUAAAAAUGCUUCAAAAAGGUAGUUGCAAACAAACAUUUGAAACGUUCAACUUCCAGUUGAUUCGUAAAGCACUGUUGAAGGUUAGCAUUUAGCCUUAUGUAGCUUCCCUUUAUCACAUAACCAAUCGCUAACGGAGAACAGCAUGUCUCACCAGAAAGACCUGUCGGUUGCAAGGUUAGAAAGUUAUCCAAAAAGAACUAGUCGAGCAAAAGAAAAGCCAAAGCAUGAGUUUGCAUCCAGCUCUUUCGUACCACUAGUAACAGCAGGCAUACACAGUAUUACUACUGGCUUUUCAUACCAAGCACACUGUUCCAGAGCUAACGGAUCAAACAUGGAUGUCUCAACCUUUUUGUUAAAUAAUUAUUGAAUUCCAAUGUAUUGUUUGGCAACUACCUUAGUUAAUAGUUACUAUAAACAUCUUGUCAUGUAUAUUGAAUUGAACAUAUUGUAAAGCCAAGUGUUAAUUUUCCAUCUUUGAAACUAUCAUUUCCACAUCAAGCUAGUCAAUUGACUAUACCAUCAUCAACUUUUUCUUAAUCAACGAUCUCAAGUGGGUGACAAUUCUAUUUUUGGCAUGUAUGAAAAUCUCUAGUUUUGAACAUACUUUUUAUAUUUGCGUAUUUGUCAUUUUGCGUUGUUACUCUGUACAGUUGAUGUGCCACUUGCUCUUAGUGUCCUCAUCAUGCAUUGGGAUGGAGAUCAGCCUUUCUACUUUAUACCAUGAUUCCAGCAAUUGUCUAUUUACUUACAGAAUGAUCCUGUUUACAGAGAGGUUCGACAUGGAAAACCUAGAAAUAUAUUAUAUCCGUAGCCUACAUGAGAGCUAUGACGUUGUGAAAGAGAAUAGCUAUGGCGAAGAUGGUCUGACUCCAGUAAAUAACUCUAAAAACCUUAUGUGGGGGGUUGGGGUUGAGGUUGAGGUUUUAAACUGGCCCUGGUUGGAGCAGCCCUGCACUCAGCAGCACUGUAUGUGGUCUCUGUUCCACACAUUUGUUUUUGUACUGUAUUGUUCCUGGCUGCACUGUAGCUAGACUAGACUAGACUAGCAUGGGGCAUUUUAAAGACACUUAGCUUUCGCGUUUGACUUCAUUGGGACCAACCAAAAUGACACACCGAGGUUACUUUUGACACCAUAACACACUGUUGUUGAUUUGAUAGCAUGGUUACUGUUGUGCUGCCAUGGUUACUGUUGUGCUGCCAUGGUUACUGUACAUUAGCAUACCUCCACUUCAGAAAAUGUUGUGACAUUACUUCUUCCUGUCGUAGCUACAUUAGUCGGGUUGUCAAGAAACCGGAGUCAUGAUAUUAGUGGGUUGGCAUGGUCUCAUUGUGGUUCAAACUAUUCUCAUCCCUAGUAAAUAACUCCUUUUAGUUUUCAAUAAUGUUCUUACACUAAUUUUGGUAGUAUCAUGUUCCCUUUUCAUGAUUUAGUAAACAUUCUAUUUUUUGCUUUGCUUUGUGUUUGCUCUCAGAUUCACCAUUCCUAUGAAUUGUUUCAGAGCCCCAGGGUUUGGUUUGUUCCUUUAAAAAACAUUUCUUUAACGGCCUCUUCUCUGCAUGGUUUGUCUGUCCGCAUGCCUGUCUGGCUGUACGUCUGUGUAACACUGUAUUUGCACAGUAGAAGAAAACUGGAGGACUAAAUCCUAUCCCAGAAAACCCAGCGUGAAUGUCUCUUCUUCUUUGGUGUACUAAGGAUACAAAGGACUUGUCAAAAUGAAUUCCACAUUAGAUUAAAAAAAAUGUAAAUGCUCAGUUUUUGUGGGGAAAUUACCCAGCACUUAAACAAGACAAUAGACUUGACUGUGUUUAGAGUAAGAUGAAUAUGGAUUAGCUAGGCUAAUCUCUGAGUGUAUUUAUGCUGGCUUCACAUGCUCAUGGGAAAUGGGGAAGUGGAACAAUUAAGUCCGACAUGAUUGUGUUUAAGUGCUUUUGAAGUCGGAAAAAUUCUUCAACCAAUAGGAUUUUAGCUAACUUAUCAAGGUUGCUAAUAAUAAAGUUAGCUAGCUUAUCAAGGUUGCUAAUAAUAAAGUUAGCUAGCUUAUCAAGGUUGCUAAUAAUAAAGUUAGCUAGCUUAUCAAGGUUGCUAAUAAUAAAGUUAGCUAGCUUGCUUAACAUUGACAAUAUGGUCAAACUAGCUACCUUCUCCAUAUUGAUGAGGUCGUAGUUGUCAAACUGAUUUGUUAUUUUUUGGUUGAAAAGUUCAAAGGUCAGUGGUGAAACAUCACAACUCGGGCAACAACAUCUUCUGUUUCCCACUUGAAAUUCCGACUUGGAGGUUCGCUCAAGUGAAACUUCUCAGUUGGAAAUAGGAACUUCCGAUACCACAUGAACGUGGCAUUACAUCCAUCUAGACUGCUUGUCUCUCCCUAAGUGUGUUUCUGGGGUGUUGGGGACAGACACACAAAGUAGACAAUGGCUAAAACAUCGGACCUUUAAAACACUCCAAAUGUGGUUGAUUGGGAAGGGAAUUUUCUGCAGACUCUUAUCCACUUAAGCCAGUUGUAUUUAAAACCACUGGUUAAAAAGAGCUAUUCUCGGUUUACAUAUGUAAAUGAAAAAGUUAUUUUUGUUGUCUUUCCAUUCCAUUGUUACAAAUGAUAUCUUGUUGGGACCUAUAUGCUUUUGACAUUUUGUCUCAGACAUAAAAUCUAAAAUAAAUUUCUGAAAAAUGAA